CAGGUCCUGCCCGACCACUACGCAACGCCAACAUACAACAUACAUAGAGGCCAGAUCCCUGCCCCGCCCCGCUGCUUCUGCUUUCUCCACUACAAAUUUCUAGAGCUAGGAUGGGCAGCCACGCGAGUGGCAUGGAGACGGCGGAGGAGAGGACGCGGGUGUGCGACCUCCCGGAGGCGUGCGUGGCGCACGUGAUCGCGCUCACCUCCCCGCGGGACGCCUGCCGCUGCGCCGCCGUCUCGCCCUGCUUCCGCGACGCCGCCGAGUCCGACGUCGUCUGGGCGCGCUUCCUCCCCCCGGACUACCUCCAGCUGCACCAGGCGCCCGCGCGGCGAUUCCCGCUCUCGCGCUCCGCCUCCACGGCCGCCUCGUCGACCAAGAAGGAGGCCUACCUCGGGCUCACCGACGUGGCCGUGCUGGUGGACGGCGGCGGCAUGGCGUUGUGGCUUGCCAAGGGGAGCGGCGCCAAGUGCGUGGCGCUCUCGGCGAGGAGGCUCAGCCUGCCGUGGGAGGACGGCGAGUACAGCUGGACGUGGACGCCCCACCCGCUCUCCAGGUUUGCCGACGUGGCCCAGCUCGUGGACUGCACGUGCCUCGACAUCUACGGACGGCUCCCCAUCACCGCGUUGACGCCGGCGACCGCCUACGCAGCGUACCUCGUCUUUGCCACCGAAGACGGCCACCGCGGCCUGAGCUUCCCGGACCAGGAGACAACCGUGAGAGUGGGCGGCAGCGCUCCGUCGCGCCAUGCCGUGUGCCUUCGCCCCGACCCUGCUGAUGCACGCAGGUUCAGAGACGGCAAAGGUACGGACGACGUCCACAUGAGGGGCCCUGCGCUGCGCGGGGACGGGUGGUGGGAGGUGGAGAUGGGGCGGCUGCGCACCGUCGACGAGGCAAUGGUGGGGGAGGAGGUGGCGGUGAGCUUCGAGAUAAUGGGGUGGUACCCCAAGCGCGGGCUCGUCGUGGAAGGCAUCGAGUUCAGGCCCAUAUGAUCGAUCCUAGCCACGGAUCUCAAGUUAUGUUUGUAUGCUGAAUGUCGGUUCAUCUCGUCGAUGAGCGAGCGCAUAUGCGUGUAGUUUGUGAAUACUCCUUCCGUCCUAAAAUAAAUGUCUUAAAUUUACUAUAA